AUGCUUAACAUCGAAGAUCAGACUGCAUGUGAUGCAGACUUUGAGACUGUUCUUGUUGAUUUGAAUGACAAAAACAGGUUGCAUUUCAGUGUUGAUGUUGUGCCCGAGAGGCGAAAAGACAGUCUCGAUGAGAUCGAUGAGAGAGAUACAGAGCUUACUUUUUAUGACGCUCGAGAAACAAACGACGAAGGUGCUGUCAAUAACAUGUUAUGUUUUUUUGUGGACAGUGCAUGUGGCAUUGAAUCCUGUCAACCCCUCGACUCUAUACUGAAGACCUCUAGCACACGGAUGUCGAACAGUGCAUGGGGAAAACUGCAGGAUGACACCGAAAUCCGUCGAUCAGUAGAGUUCAAAGGGGUCGUAAUCCGAGAGUUUGGUUUGACUCUAGGUGACCACCCAAACGCAAUCAGCGGCCCUCCAAUUCGGCUUGAUUGGCAUAAUUUUCAGAAAGAAAGUCGUAUGAAUUUAGACGAAUAUGAAGACGCGAGGAAACCAAGGCGCAGCCGACGACAAAUGAAAUUAUCACUUUCAGAAAGGCACCGCAUUCUUGUCCAUGAACGGGGACAUUCGUUCUCUGAGAUCAAAGGAGCAUGGAAAACAGCCCUGCAGAUUCGAGAACAGCGCAUUGAAACCUCCUCUCAGACCUUGCUUCAACGCAAGUUGGAUGAGGUUUGGGAGAGUCUCUGCCGGAAAUACUGCAGAUUUCUCGACAGAACAACCUCGCUAUGCUUUUAG